GCUCGGCCGAACCGGGAGGAACCCACCACUGGUGCAUUAGCCCCAGUUGCAAAGUUUAGUCUUUCGUUCUCUCAGUAGGAGGAAGAAUCUGGAGAAGAGAUGUUGCAGACAACUGGAUGGGCGAGAUAAUCUUGACCCUAAUUACUUUCAUACUUAUUACUUGCUUUACAAUUUUCAUUCUGCACGGACUUCUCUCACGACUCCGAGUGAAUCAUUUAAUAACACACAAACACACUCACACAACUUCCAACUCACCUUAUAUCCAAUAUAUCCAAGGUGUAUCUUCCAACCAAUCGCCUUUUAUCCAAGGUGUAUCUCUUCUCCAAAAGAGGGUUGUUACAAUGCCCGGACAAUAGGAACUGUGAUUCAACCCAUACCAACUCCAGAUCAUUGCAGGCUGCUGUAUUCCCACAACCUCACAAAACUAGAAUGCAGUGAUUUAUACUGCAAGUGAAUCUCUCAUUUGUCUUUAAAAAUAAAGACCACUACUUCGGCUACCUCUUCCUGAGCAUGUUCGGGAUAGGGGAAUUAUAGCUUUUACUUCAGAACUUGCAAACUUUAGGACUCUACAGUAUCUCGUUAAUUCUUCCUCUGAACAUUUGGGCCCCUCUUAACCAAACAAACUGUUGAAAAAUGUACAUAAUGAAUAAUGCAGGCUUGCUAUAUCUACCAUUUCUAUGUAAUCACAUUGCUGCACUUGCAAAGCUGGAUAUAUUAGGAAUCAGUAGCUGGAUGCUUGGGGUCAGCAUACCAGCUUUUCUUACAGUGUUUCCUCUUCUACACUUAGCUCUUUGGGACCCCACAUUCUUGACCUUACUGAGUGUCUCAGUGCUGGUUUCCUCUUUCAGGUUUGCCCUUUACCCCACUUCUGACCGAGUCAGUUUACUUUUGCACCAUCACUGACUGUGAACACUAAUCCAUUUCUUGUUACAUCAGGUCCCGAAAAGCUGGCUGAUGUUUUUACCCUCUAGUUCUUGUGCAAGAACAGGAGGGAAAUUCUUACAAAAAGCCCUGAAAGUUUUGUCUGAACAAUUACUUCAGUUUCUCGUCUAGAAGUAACUAGAGGGAGGGAGUUAUUUUGCAGCUGAUUGUGGAUAUGCCUGUGCCAGUCCAAAGUGCAGACUUGAAUAGAAAUGAAUUGGCUAGGGCUUCUUUCUCCGCCCUUUCUUAGUUGAUUGGUAGGGAACAAGACAUCGGAGCCUGGACGGAGUACCUCCCUUUUCUGUGCAUACCAUUUUUCACUUUUGAGUUCAGACAUCAAGAAAGCUUUCCUUAACAUGGUGCAGCAAGCUUUAUACAGAGGUUUGGUCUCCACCAAAUGGCUAGCAGAAGCUGUCCGAACCAAAAAGGUUGGUCCUGAUUUGAGGGUGCUGGAUGCUUCCUGGUAUGAACCUGGAACGAGAAAUGCCCAGAAAGAAUUCCAAGAACAGCACGUUCCUGGAGCCUCUUUUUUUGAUAUUGAAGAAUGCAAAGACAAGUCAUCACCUUAUGAGCUUAUGCUGCCCAGUGAGAAACAUUUUGCCGAUUACGUUGGCCACUUGGGCAUUGGGAAUGAUACACAUGUAGUUGUGUAUGAUGGAGACAACCUGGGCACCUUCUACGCACCACGUGCAUGGUGGAUGUUCCGGGUCUUUGGGCAUCGUACUGUUUCAGUGCUGAAUGGGGGAUUUAAAAACUGGCUGAAGGAAGGUCACCCAGUAACAUCAGAGAUCACCCGGCCAGAGCCAUCUGCCUUUAAAGCCAGUCUUAACAGGUCUCUCCUGAAGACCUAUGAAGAGAUGGUGGAGAACAUGGAAUCCAAGCGGUUUCAGGUAGUAGAUGCCAGAUCUGAAGGGCGAUUCCGAGGAACAGAACCUGAACCAGGAAAGGAAGGGAUAGAACCAGGUCACAUUCCAGGUACCAUAAACAUGCCUUUCUUCAACUUCUUGACUGAAGAAGGUUUUGAGAAACCUCAAGAAGAAAUCCGGAGCAUGUUCCAGGAGAAGAAAGUGGAUCUUUCAAAGCCAUUGAUUGCCACAUGCCGCAAGGGGAUUACAGCCUGCCAUAUUGCCUUGGGAGCAUAUCUCUGUGGUAAACCAGAUGUGGCCAUCUAUGAUGGAUCCUGGUCUGAGUGGUUUCGUCGUGCCCCACCUGAGUAUAAAAUGUCUGAAUGGAAUCGCCAUAAGGCAUAAUAACUCAAUUUUCUGUGGAGCAUAGUUCCUAAUGCUAAGCAUAAUGAAAAGAUAGGAAAAUAAAUUCCUAUUUUUUAUAAUUUUAUCACUUUCUAAUCCAUGGUUGCUGCUUGCUUUUGCAAACUGGUAAUUAAAUAAAAUUCAAUCUUGGGUCAAUUA